UCACUCAGGACAGGAAGUGGCUUCUCCCUCGUGUGAGAUCUCUGAUGUCUGUUAAGAUGGGACUUCUGUGAAUAACAUUUCCCACACACAGGACAGCAAUACGGCUUCUCCCCCGUGUGAGAUCUCUGAUGUAUAACAAGUUCUGAUUUGAAUACAAAACAUUUCCCGCACUCAGAACAGGAAUAUGUUUGCUCCCCUGUGUGGGAUCUCUGGUGUGUAUAAAGAUGGGACUUCACUGAAAAACAUUUCCCGCACUCAGGACAGGAAAGUGGCUUCUUCCUUGUGUGAGAUCUCUGAUGUUUGGAAAGAUGGGAGUUCUGUGAAAAACAUUUCCCACACUCACGACAAGAAUAUGGCUUCUCACCUGUGUGAGAUCUCUGAUGUGUGUAAAGACUGCACUUCACUGAAAAACAUUUCCCGCACUCAGCACAUGAAUACGGCUUCUCCUCUGUGUGAGAUCUCUGAUGUAUGGAAAUACUGGACUUCUGUGAAAAACAUUUCCCGCAGUCAGGACAGGAAUAAGGCUUUUCCCCUGUGUGAGAUCUCUGAUGUAUGUAAAGAUAGCACUUUCUUGAAAAACAUUUCCCGCAGUCAAGACACAAAUAAGGCUUUUCUCCCGUGUGAGAUCUCUGAUGUGACAGGAAUGUGGCUUCUCCUCCAUGUGAGAUGUUUGAUGUCUGUGAUAAAGGGACUUGUCCGAAAAACAUUUCCCGCACUCAGAACAGGAGUAUGGUUUUUCCCCGUGUGAAGCCUUUGAUGUGUAACAAGACUUGAUUUUAUUACAAAACAUUUCCCGCACUUAGGACAGGAAUAUGGCUUUUCCCCCGUGUGAGACCUUUUAUGAACUUUAAGGCUGUAUUUAGCACUGAAACAUUUCCCGCACUUAGGACAGGGAUACGGCUUCUCCCCCGUGUGAGAUCUUUUAUGCACAUUAAGAUUGUAUUUAGAACGGAACCUCUUCCCGCACUCAG